AUGAGGGAUAAGAACGACUUGCGCUUUUCAGCUUCAAGUCACAACUCUUAUGAUACAAGUGCCUUGUGGGCGGCCUCCUCUCCCUCACCCUCUCUUACGUUUGUCGCUUCCAUCCGCAGCCGCAUUGAGAGUGCGGUCGAAGGAGCGGCCCCUCAACUGGGUCAACAAAGCAAACGGAAACCUCGGGAGGCUGGCAGAACUGAGAGUGCGGUCGAAGGAGCGGCCCCUCAACCGGGUCCAAAAAGCACACUCAAAUCUCGAGAGGCUAGCAGAGCUGUGAGUGCGGUCGAAGGAGCGGCCCCUCCACCGGGUCCACGAAGCAAACGCAAACCGCGGGAGGCUGGCAGAUCUGAGGUUGAGGAAGUGGAAGCUCCGGUGCAGCCCUGUCUCAAGCGAGCAAAGCGGACCGCACCGCUUACACAAUCAAAAAACCAAAGGACGAAGACUGUUGCUACGUCACCACCGGCGUUCUUACCGGCAACUGUGCCAGGUAACUUAUUGGGGCAGUUUCGUAGGCCGCAAAGGCUGGUUGAGGGAAAGGCCCUUCUGACGGAGGAAACAGCUAGGGUGGCUUUCAAAAUGGCUAGACUAGGGGUUGACGAGGGGAGAAAGGGGUACGAUGCCCCCACUGUUCGAUGGAUCCUGCAUCUCACAUGGAUGCUCGAGCUUCGGGGCGAGGUAAUCCCUGAAAGCGAGUCAGUAAGCCAGGGAGUUACAAGCAAAGAGAUAGAGGAGUAUUACCUGGAGUGGCAGAAUACGGCUGAGGCAGAACCUCUGGUGUACAGCUUUCAGGGGGAUCAUGUAGUCGAGGUGCCGUGGCAGCCGUCCGCAAAGGAGUUGAAGCUUAGAUGGAAAAUUACGACGAUUGUCAUCAAGGGAGUCCUCGGGUUCGAAGGUCAGGGAAAGAAGAAUAGCAUUAGAAUGGCCGGAAAAAAUG